AUGUUGAAGAAGGAAAGCAGGCAAGUCGAGAUUCUCUGUGUUACGUUUCAUGAUAACGAUCUGACAGGAGCAUUGGUUUGGAAACAAGAUCUGAGGAUUAUACCUCUCUGUGCUGGUAUAUACUUGCUAUGUUACCUUGAUCGUUCCAAUAUUGGCAAUGCCAAAACACUUAAUGCUUCUACUCACGAUGAUUUGCUUUCUGAUACGCAUAUGUCGGAUUUUCAAUAUGUCAUUGCACUAAUGGUCUUCUUAAUCGCAUACGCAAUUUUUGAAGUCCCGUCUAAUUACUUCCUCAAAAAGCUCAGCCCAAGUAAAUGGAUAUCAUUCCUAAUGUUUUCAUGGGGUAUCAUGACUAUUGGACUUGGGUUCACUCAUAAUUUUGCUGGUGUGACAGCGGUGAGGUUCCUUCUUGGGAUGUUUGAAGCUGGAUUGUUUCCAGGUCUAGUAUACUACCUUACUUUCUGGUACCGUACAUCCGAACGUUCUAUUCGCGUUGCAUUCAUUCUAGCUUCUGCCACACUUGCAGGUGCUUUUGGCGGUGCUAUCGCCUUUGGUGUUGGACAUAUGAAUGGUACACAUGGAAUGUCAGCUUGGAGAUGGUUAUUCAUUAUUGAGGGAAUCCCUUCUUGCUUAUCGUCAAUCCUGGUAUUCUUCUUUCUACCAGAUUAUCCAGAAACGGUGAAAUGGCUAUCAAAGGAUGAGAGAGAUUUGGCUAUCAGUAGACUUGCUACAGAAGGAUCAAAAGGUAAUGAUAAGGGAUUAACCUGGCCAGAGGCGAAGGAAACACUUUGUACUUGGAGACUAUAUGCUCAUUAUGCAAUCUACUUCGGCAUCUCAACACCGUUCUCGAGUUUGUCAUUAUUCACACCAAGUAUCACCGGCGGUCUUGGAUACAAAAAUCUCGAAGCACAGCUUAUGACAGUUCCACCAUACGCCGUUGCUUAUGUCGUAACAAUCCUUGUCUCCUGGUCCGCCGACCAUUUCAACGCUCGCGCCCUCCACUCCUCAACCAUGGCCCUCAUCGGCGCCAUUGGCUUCACAGCCUCUGCCCUCCUUCCCCCCACCUCAUACAGCUCCCGCUACGGCUGUCUCAUCAUCGCUGCUUCAGGAGCCUUCUCCUGUAUUCCUCCUCUCCUCGGCUUCCUCUCUUCAAAUAUCUUCUCAACAGCUAGCAUUGGACUUGCAAUUGCAUUGAAUAUAUCGAUAGGUGCCCCAGGACAAAUCGCGGGUGUCUGGAUAUAUAAGGCGGAUCAGGCAAAAGAGGGUUUUCCGUUGGGUCAUUGGGUUAAUGCUGGGGGGUUGGGGAGGGUGCAAGGAGGUUUGCUUAUUGAUGAAUGGGGAACGGGCAUUGGGGCUUUAGGCUUGGUGGCUACAACAUCAGUACUGGUAGUUGGUAUGUCAAAUGCGGAUAUGGUGGAGCGUGAUGCGGGGAUAUGGAAUUCUGACUUAUUAUACCUUUCAUAUGCAAGUAGAUGUUAG